CUUUUAUAAAAUAUUUUUAUAAUUAGAAAAUGAUCUUUCUACAUCAAAAGACAUGAUAGAGAAAUUAUCAUUUCACCCCAACCUGGCUGAUAAGCCUCACGCUGCGUACAUAGGAUUUCAACUUUGCUUAGAAGGACCAUUUUCUGCUCUAUGUUCUGAUAAUGUGUGGAAACAGAGGAGAAAGGAUUUCAGUAAUUAUUUGAAGAAAUCUCGUGUAGAAAAUGAUUAUUAUAAAACUUUUAUUAAAUGUUCUGACAGAAUGGUCAAUAUUAUGUUAGAAUCAUCUUCUGGUGUGGAUUCAAACGCUCUAUGCGCAGCUGUAGCACACGAUGUUGCUUUGAAAUCAAUGUUUAGUAUUGAAACAAGUUUAGUCUAUCAUCCCGAGAUUGUAGCUUUAUUGACCAGGAUUAAGGAGGUGGCAUCAAUUCUUACCCUCAACUCUCCUAUAAUCAGUCCAUUAUUUCGCAUACUGCAACCAUUAGCAGAUAUAAUGUUUGGAAAAUUAGUGGAAUUGCGGAAAUUGAUUUUGGGAGAGAUAGAUAAUCAGCUGAAAUCGAACCAGCAACCACUUCAAGAAGAACUGCCUUUAUCAAUAAACAUGAUAUUAAGGAUUAGAAGAGAUAAUGAAAGUGAAAAAAGAAUGUUUAAACAGCUCCACGAAGUGUUCCUAACAUCUGGGCACACUGUUGGUACUAAAUUAGCAAACGUAAUAAGUUUAUUAGGAGUCCUACCUGAUAUUCAAGAAAGAGCUUGGCAAGAGCAAGAUGAAAUAUUUGGCAAUGAUAUCAGAGAUCCAACCAUUGCAGAUUUAAAUCAGAUGAAGUUUCUUGACAGGUUCCUAAAAGAAUGCUACAGAUUUCUUGGUCCUCCAUUUCUUGCAAAAAUGGCUACUGCUGACAUAAAUGUAGAUGGAAUAACAAUACCACGUGGUACUCUUGUAAUUUAUCUGUUAAGAUUUAUAAAAUUGCAUCCAAAAUACUGGAGAAAUCCAAACAUUUUUGACCCAGAUCGCUUUCUCGAUGAAGAUGAUUAUUUAAAAUGUAGCUAUACACCAUUUGGAAUCGGUGUUAGAAGCUGCCCAGGUGAAUAUUUUGCAACUAUGUUUAUGAAAAUCACAUUGUCGAAAAUUUUAAGAAGACUAAAACUUAGACCAGUUGAAAAAGAUUUCCGGUUUGAAGAUAUCAAAUUUAAGAGUUUUCUUCUUUUGGAAGUGGAGAACUCUCCUAUGUUAGAAGUUGAAGAGAGAAUAUGAUAUAUUUUAAUUAUUUAUUUAAUUAUAGCUUAAAAUAAUGAUUAAUCUUAAUAAAGUUCCUUAAUAUUAUAUUUCAUUUUAUAAACAAUGGUCUGUUAUACAACGUUCAGAACCUAGAUACUGUGGGGCGCAUGCCUUAUUCUUAAAUGGCUUAAUUGGAUAACUGAUAUCUAUAAACCUAAAACCUAACAUUGGCAAAUGUGCGUCCAUUCUGAUGGAAAUUAUUUCGAUUAAAUAUAUAUAGUUGGAGUGAAGACGUGAAAAAUUUUUAAUACAUAUUAAAAAAGCAUUAUCAACCCACUAUAUAUAUUUUAUUAUACACCUUUAUUGGUAGUUGGUAAAAAUUAUUCAGUAAAUUAAUGUUGAACAGCUAAAAGACAAGCUGAUAUAUUUUUUUUUCUUCUUCCCUCCCUUGUCUUCUAGGCUAUACAGGAUUUUCCCGGGCCGGAAGGUUGAGGGCGGGGAAUUUGAAAUCCCCCUCCUGUACUGGGAUGCGAACUCGUACUUUUUUUAAUCUCGUAACUUCAGUUAUCUGGUUGCCAGGCAACUCGCGGUGCUGUACACAUACGUUAGCUCAUUCAGCCACUCCUCCUCCUGAGGCAAGCUGAUAUAAUUCUGCUAAUGUCCGGAGAUGUUUAAACAUUUAAUAUCUCAACUAAACAAAAAAAAAAAUUAAAUUUGAAAAAUAGUUUCACUAGUAGAAAAUGACUGCUCUUGAGUUUCCCCAAAUAAGAAAAUGGCUACUAGGGGAUGAAGAUAGAAUUAUUUUUAAGGUUAGCUUGUCAGUUUUUGUGACUUUAGUGACAAAUGAAAAUAGUGUUUUGUGUAAACAGUUUUUAGUUUUCUAAUAGUUUUGAUGUGAUUGUCAGUAUUGCAUACCUUGAGAUAAAAUAAUUAUAAAUUUCAGUUUAA